AAUUUCAAUAAUGUUCAUCGAUUAAUAAUAAGAAGAUAAUUUAAAUAAAGACUCAUAAUCUUAAAUACCUUAAAUACCAUAGACUGGAUACUCUUAAGACUUUUUAAAUGAUUAUGAUUUAGAAUAGGAAAAUUUGGAAAUCCAAGCCGAAUAGUAGAACUUUUCCAAGCUUUUUGACGAGUUGCUCGCUUAUUCUAUAAAUCCAUAGGAAGAAACAUAAACUUAAAAGAAGUAAUAAAGCUAAUCUAAUUUACGUUUUAGAAAGAAUAUAAAAAUAUCCUUUUUCAGAAGAGGAUCCAACCAAAUUAUGAAAAAGAGACAAGAAAAGAGAAGAAUUAGAUAUUCAAAAAAGUCUCUUUUGUAAACAGUUGAAUAAAGAGACUUUAAUGAUUUUAAAUAAUCAGAAUUUUAAGCUAUGUGUAUGACACUAGAAUCUUAGGGAUAAGAAGGGGAAUGGUAAGAAAACCAAUAAAAAUAAGUUUAGGAGCAAGUUGCCAUUCCCCUAGGCUAUUCUUGUGAUGAUUAAAGUAAAUUAUUUGAAUAUCUUUAAUUUUAGAUUUAAUGCUCCUAAACGUGAGAAAUAUUGUCAAUAUUAAUGACAAUUGUAAUAAUUAAAAUAACAAUGAAAUCAACAAGAAUAAAUUAUUGAUGAAUGCACUUUUGAUACCAAAUGCUAAUGCAAUAAUUUUGCCAAAUCUUUGAGUUG